CCAAAAAUGUCCUGAUUUUUCUGACCAAAAAAUGGCAGUUUUAUCACUAAUAGGUUGAAAUUCUGUAGUGCUCUUUAUUUCAUUUGGAAGUUUCACUACAUCUGCCUUUUGAGAAGUAUUCUUCUACUCCUCAGCAGUGAAAGGAGCUAGUCUAAUCCUUCCUGGUUUGUUAGAUUAAGCGGGUUUCAAGUUUCAGCUCCUCCUUUGAAUUCCAGCCUGAUGAAACUUCCCUGUAGAAUCAACCAAAAUGGAGCCUCUCGCUGCUCAUCCGUUAAAAUGUUCCGGGCCCAAAGUGAAAAUAUUUGCAGUUUUGCUCUCUAUGGUUCUGUGCACAAUGAUGCUAUUUCUCCUACAACUAAAAUUCCUAAAGCCUAGAAUCAACAGCUUUUAUGCCUUUGAAGUGAAAGAUGCAAAAGGAAGAACUGUUUCUCUGGAAAAGUUUAAAGGCAAAGAGGUUUCACUAGUUGUAAACGUGGCUAGUGACUGCCAACUCACAGACAGAAAUUACUUAGCACUGAAGGAACUGCACAAAGAGUUUGGACCAUUCCACUUCAGCGUCCUGGCGUUUCCAUGCAAUCAGUUUGGAGAAUCGGAACCCCGUUCGAGCAAGGAAGUAGAAUCUUUUGCAAGACAAAACUACGGAGUAACAUUCCCCAUCUUCCACAAGAUUAAGAUCCUAGGAUCUGAAGCAGAACCCGCAUUUAGAUUUCUUGUUGAUUCUUCAAAGAAGGAACCACGGUGGAAUUUUUGGAAGUAUCUAGUCAACCCUGAGGGUCAAGUCGUGAAGUUCUGGAGGCCAGAGGAGCCCAUUGAAGCCAUCAGACCUGAGAUAGCAAAUCUGGUUGGAAAACUCAUCCUAAAAAAGAGAGAGGACCUAUGAAAAUACCAUCAAGCCACUCUAAUUCAGAGAGAAAUAUCUCCAUGAGGAUUUGAUCUCUUUUUAAAUACUUUGACAGCAUUUCCAGCACAUUAUCUUGCUAGUCAAUGGUAAUGAACGUCCUCAGGACAGAGAUGUAACCCAAAGCUAAAAAAAAAAAAAAAAAAAAGUAGCCAAAGAAUUAAAAUACUUCAUCUGAUAUACUAAAAAUUUCAGAAUACACAGUCACCAAUGUGUUCCAUACCCCAGUGUCCAACUUGACAUUUUAUUGGAUUGUACUUUAUGGAAAUGCCAACACCCUAGACCACUGUUUGGAUUUCACGAAUUCUGUGUGACUGAAAUUUUUGAUGUAACUAUAAAUGGCUAUGUUGAUGCAAUAAAACAAAUAAUGAAAAUGUAAAAUACA